GGUGGUGGGCAGGGUCCAGCACAGAAGUGCCCCCUGUCUCCAGACACCUGCUGCUGGCUCCAAACUGACAUCAAGGACACUGUACGACUGUGAAUCAGUGGAAGACAGACAGACAGACAGACAGAGGGGGAGAGAGGAGCAUUUGCUGGCUGACCCCAUGCAUUUGUGGCAGUUUGGGUAGUCAUUACUGUCUCCUUUUAGAUCUUUCUGACUGAGGAGCGGCGAAGAAAGCUUUCCGAGGGAUCUCACCCCACACAUUCUCUGCUCUCCUCUCUGAGGGAUGGGCACCACAGAGGCAACUCUACGAAUGGAGAACAUGGAAGUGAAAGACGAGUGGCAGGAUGAGGACUUCCCCAGACCCCUCCCAGAGUACGGAGACAUGGACUCAUCCUGUGGUCUCACAGAUGACAGAGCCUCUGCUCCCACCUCCCUGAAUGUGACCCCACCUGGUGGAGGGGGAGGGGGGAGGACAGGGGGGGCAGGAUCCCACCGUAAAAGACGGACACUGAUCGCACCAGAGAUGAACCUGUCGCUGGACCAGAGCGAGGGUUCACUGCUGUCAGACGACUUCUUAGAUACACCAGAUGAUUUGGACAUUAACGUAGAUGACAUCGAUACUCCAGAUGAGACAGAUUCCCUGGAGUUCAUCACCAACGGCAAUGACCUGGAGUGGGAAGAUGACACCCCAGUGGCUUCUGCCAAAGCAGGUUCUGGUAACAACUCAGGAGAAGCAGAUGGGGAUGGAAACACCAACAACGGACGCCUGUGGAGGACAGUGAUCAUUGGAGAACAGGAACACCGCAUUGACAUGCAGGUCAUCAGACCAUACCUCCGCGUCAUCACACAUGGAGGGUACUACGGUGAAGGCCUUAAUGCCAUCAUCGUGUUCUCUGCCUGUUACCUGCCUGACAGCAGCUGUCCAGACUACCACUACAUCAUGGAAAACCUCUUCUUGUAUGUGGUGAGCAGCUUGGAGAUGCUUGUGGCUGAAGAUUACCUGAUAAUUUACAUGAACGGAGCCACUCCUCGGAGUAAGAUGCCAGGGAUCAGCUGGCUCAAGAAGUGUUACCAGAUGAUUGACAGAAGAUUGAGGAAGAACCUGAAGUCUCUGGUCAUCGCUCAUCCCACAUGGUUCAUACGCACCGUCCUGGCCAUAUCCAGGCCAUUUAUCAGUGUGAAGUUCAUGAAUAAGAUCCAGUAUGUCCACAGUCUGGAUGAACUGGCUGGGCUUGUCCCCAUGGAGCACGUCCAUGUUCCUGAGUGUGUGGUGCAAUUUGACGAGGAGAGGAUUAAAGCAAGGAGAGAAAGGAUGGAGCAGGAGCAGAGACAACAGGAACAGCAGUCAGUUGCACAGGAGUCCAGUAAAAAGUCAGAGAGGCCGAAGUCAAUGAUUGUAGAUAAAGGAUUAUGAGAAGGGCAGAUGUGUGGAGCAUGAAGCCUUGAUUUAUACCUAUAAGAGGUCCAACAUCCGUGCUUCCCUGUUUUCAAUGUGCGACUCCAGUUUAGCACCGUCAUUCUCUGAUCAAGAUGGUGACAGUUCCAUCUCAUAUAAUCAUUCCCACUGGGAACGUCCUCUUCCUCUAAACCCCACAGGGUUUCAGACUGAAACUUUAAAUUGUACAAAAGAAGAUGCUGAUGCAGGAACUAUUUUAUGAUGGGAACUGUUGCUGUUUUCAUUCAUCUGCUGGUACCGUAGGACUCAGUGGCGGGCCAUGCAUUUGGUACCCGGGCCUUCACUGGGGACUUACUUGACUUAGUCCACUUCUUCAUACCACCACUAUGAUUUCACAAUUAUAGAAACCAUCAAUAUAAUACAAAAAAUGUAAAAUCACAAGGUGCGGUAUUGCAGAGAGAGAGAGAGAGAGUGACAUUUCACAUGUUGAGGGUGAAUACCAUUAUUACUGAAGCAAAAAACCCAGUUUAAGAAAACUCCAAACCACUACACUACAACCACAGCUGUGCCAUGUAGAGCUGUCAUCUGGAGCAGCUCAGAAUCAAUAUUUAUCUAAUAACAUGACAAAAACAUAAAAAUUUUAAAUAAAAUACAUCAUAGCAUACUCAACAGAGAUGCUCAUUAAUUAACAGUUACAUACAAAAUACAGUUUCAUGGAACAAAUAUUAGAAUUCAGGUUGUAAAUGUAGGUCAGUAUUUCUGAUGAUGUUUAGGCCAGCAGAGAAGGCCUUGCUGGUCCUGACGGCCCACCACUGGUAGGACCUGUUUGUGCUGUGUGUAUUGAAACGUCAAACUACCUUGAGGCUCUAGAAGUCCACGACAAUGGAAGUUAUAAUGUAACACAGAAUAAGAAAUCAACCAUUCAGACAUGUUUGGGUGAAAACAUUUUUAUUUUCAUGUGAUAACAAGAAUUACUGUCCUCACACAAAGUUAAGGGAAUUCUACAUUGUGUUUUUGUUGCUAUUGUUUCCUGCCAACUUGUGCUUUGAUCAUGAGAACUCUACAAUGAUGAAGUGAUUGAAAAUUUUUGAUAAAUAAGGCAUAUAAUUUUUGAGUUGGAGAGGUCAACUUAGGCUGGAAUGAAGGCUAAUGAACAUGAAAAUGUUCUCCAUGCAUAGACAGCGAUAUUCAUCUGAUCUGCCUUGGCAGAGGUCUGCGCUCUCUGAGUGCUUUUCUUGUUAUUUUUGAAACUUGCUUAAACAUUAUAUUCAUGCUAACAGCACAAAUAUGGAUAUAUAUGUCUUAGAUUUGUUUUUUUUAAUGUAAAAAUUGUAGUUUUUCAAUGAAUCAUAUACCUUUAUCUUUAUUUCUGCUGUUUCCUCAAGCCUUUAUAAUCCGCUGUCAUGCUGUGGUGAUGUUUCAGAGACAUGUACUAACAUCACAAUGACAUAUAGAUCUGACUGUAUCAUCUCCUCUGGUCCCAUUUGUUUGGUGAAUGUUCCUCUAUGCCCAUUAGUUCUAUUCUGUUCUAUUGUCAGUAAUGUGCCUCGGUCUUCAUUUGUGUAAAAAUGCAAAAACAUGGACUCCACUUUUUCUUUUGGAAAACCCAUGUGAAAAACUUUACUAGAGUCACCAUGAAUGUUGUAAAAUGCUUAUAGCGUACAGUUAUUGCAGCCUCACUAUACAUCUGUUAGUGCCACAUGAUACUAAUCCACCACACAAUGUAAAACAUUAGUAAAAUGUUAAAAACCGGUGAA